UCGAGCAGUGAGCAAUUGCAGCAAGCAGCCAGCAAUGAAAUACCACAUUUUCCUGGGAUUCCUGGCCGUGGCCACCGCCUACCCUGGCAUCAUUCACGAAGAAAUACCUCAACUGGAUCAUCAUGCUAUAAUUGGCGAAUCAGGACACCAUCAUCAGAUCCAACACGAGCAUGCGAAGUCACAUCAAUCAAUCAAGUUCGAGCACUUCCACCCUGUGCCAGUUUACAUCAAGAAGGAGCACCAGCAUUUACUGGAUCACCCGCUUGAGAAGGGCAAGUCUGAGCAGAACUUGAAGCUGAUCCACCCCGAGACUGAACACAAACUUGGCGGCGGUCUCGUUCUAGAAGAUCACAGACUUGACACCGAACAUCUUGCUCAAGCUCUUGAGCAUGGUGCUGGCUUGGAGCAUGGAUUAGAACAUGGUGGUUACGAACAAUUGGGAGGCUAUGAGGGUUACGAAGCCGAAGGUCUGAAGGCGUAUGCCGAAGUACAGCCAUCUUAUGGUCAUUAUGUUCCUGAGCACGGUCAACUGCUCUCUAGCCAUAGUGGCGAGAGCUACAAGCUAGGUGGAUACUAAUUAGAUUAAUUUAUAUGCAUCCUAAUGAGGGGUUCUCUUCCCUCAAAAUUAAUUAAGAUCUGUUUCUUGCCUGUUGUUCUUUAUACAGCGAUACUCAUGGAGAGGAAUUAAAAGGAUAUUUUUCCCUUAAAGUGAUUCCAUAAAACGUAAUAAAUAUUACGCGAUUUUUACAUUUCCCAUGCCCAACAAUGGAAAAUCUUGACAAAAAUGUUCCUCUCUAUGAGUUCCUAAAAUUACUAUUAAAACUAUUAUUAGAUAUGCAGUAGAGGCGCCCUUAUUUCGGCAUUUAAGUACCUGAUUUAGGCUAGAAAUUGUUCGUUUGCUUGUGUUCUCGACAUACGUAAUCCCUAUUGGAAUAUUAGCGUUCAUCUGAUUAUGUGAAAAUUAUGAAAUAGUUACGGCGAUCGCGCAUGCGUAGAAAGCAGCGGCCCGUGCUCUUGUAACAAGCCGAUCGACUUUGUCUGUGUGUUUGUAAUACUCAC